UAGAAGGGCGCGAGGAGAAGCUGGGAGGUCAGCGUCUAGCUCAUAUCCUAAAAUUGCUACAAACAUGAAAUCCCUUAGCAUGAAGAUAGCUGAAUUUUCUAAAGCUAUUCCAUGCUCACUUAGUGGUUCAUCAAAUGUCAGAAGAUGUCAAGUAAAGACAGGGUGCUCUGGCACUAUUGAUGCAAGAGAGCACAGAAAUCUUUCUGGUACUCAAGAUUAUAGAAGAUCUAGAUCUUUUGAAGCAGAUCCACGCUGUACAUAUAGACCUUGGACAUCGUACCUCGAUGAGAAUGAGUCAACUGGUUUGACACUAUCUAGUAAUUUAAAACAACUUGAGCAUGCUAAUCAGCAGGAUAUUGGUUACACCGAAAGCUUGAUGUUGUUUGUUAAAGACUUGGGACCAACAGCUCAGAAGAUUGCAAGAAAGAAGUUACUUGGAUCUUUCCAGUUGCAAAAAAGUCAAAUUCCUUUGGCAUCUACCUUUACCCAAUGGGCACCUAGUACUCUGAAUGAUAUAUUUGCUUCAUCGCAAUCUCAAAACUUCCAGGGCAACCUUCAUGGGCAUCCUUCUAUCAAGAAGAGCACUGGUGACAGUUUCCAUUCAUGGGAUGCUGAUAAAAGAGGAAAGGGAUCUUUAGGUGAUGAAAUUGGCAUCCAAAGUGGCAAAGUUGCAGUGGCAUCCAGUAGUGACAGACAGAACUCACAUGGUACUUUUGGUGGGAAAAUUCAGUCCAGUGAAUUUCAUCAGAACAGAAGAAAUGAGAUUCAGUUGGAUUCUUAUUCCUUGAAAACUCAUGCUGCAGACAACAGUUGCUCAGUUUCUGGGUUCAAAAACAUUGGCAGCAACUCAACACCACUGAUACUGAACCAAUGGAAGUCGGUUAAUCGAACGCAAUCAUUGGAGCCACCCCAAUGGAAGUCGGUUAAUCAAACACAAUCAUUGGAGCCACCUUCAGAUUCUUCUCAGUCAAAUUUGUUGGAACCAAGGUUGAGAAACUUGGGAUUUUCAAGUUUUAGUCGAACUAAGAACAAAUUGAGUUCAUUUAAUUCGAGAGAAGAUUGCGAUCAAACCAAAGCUGAGACAAGCCAAGUGUCAAAAACAGACCAAGCCAGGCCACCGGUUCGCCAGUUCACAUUUGAUCUGCCAUAUUUGAGAGCCCAACUUGGUAAGAUAAAUUCUUCAGGACAAGAUAGAUUCUUGCAGAAAGGUUCAGGUGCUGAGCUGAUCUUGCCUGAUAAAAAUAGUCAUCAGAGAGCUUCAACCUGUACCCGCCAUUUGGAGAUGAGAAAUCAGCCUCAUAGUGAUUAUCAAAACCAGCCUUCAAUGGAUACUCAGUACACUGAUUUAGCUCUUCAGCUGUAAGAAAACGACCGA